AUGCGCCGGUGUACUGGUCUCCCAGCAGGCCUGAAGAACCCGCAUUAUGUUGCGACACCUAGCGGCAAAGCGCAUUUGAAGAGCAAUGCUUACUGUCAGCCCCAAAGCAUUGGCCCAGAGAGGUUAGUUCAAAAUUAUUGCCUUCACAAUUGCUUCGGGUCUUUCCCUAAGACAAUGACAGGGACGUUCUUUCCCUGUUUUCUCGCCGGCAUUCGUACCUCGGUCCGCGUCGACGUCCGUUUACCACUACCACUCGAGAAUUGUGUCCAAAUGCGCAGCGAAGCUUUUCAAAUACCGCAAGGUACCGAAUACGGCUGGUGGAUGAUGAAGAAGAAGAAGAAGGGAUGGACGCGCUUCGUGGCCGGUCACGGAACCUCGGUCGCCCGGUUCGCGCACAUCUCUCGUCAGAGGGCUCCCCAAAAGACAUGA